AUGCAGAGAGCAACGAACGUCACCUAUCAAGCCCACCGUAGAGGCCAGGUGGUGGGGACCAGAGGUGGUUUCCGUGGGUGCACCGUCUGGCUGACAGGCCUGUCUGGAGCCGGGAAGACCACGGUGAGCAUGGCCCUGGAGGAGUACCUGGUCUGCCACGGCAUCCCCUGCUACACGCUGGACGGGGACAACAUCCGUCAGGGUCUCAAUAAGAACCUGGGCUUCAGCCCCGAGGACCGGGAGGAGAAUGUGCGGCGCAUCGCGGAGGUGGCCAAGCUGUUCGCGGACGCCGGCCUGGUGUGCAUCACCAGCUUCAUCUCGCCCUACACCCAAGAUCGCAACAAUGCGAGGCAGAUUCACGAGGGUGCCAGCCUGCCGUUCUUCGAGGUAUUCGUCGAUGCCCCGCUGCACGUUUGUGAGCAGAGGGAUGUCAAAGGGCUCUACAAGAAAGCCCGGGCUGGCGAAAUCAAAGGCUUCACUGGGAUCGACUCAGAAUACGAAAAGCCGGAGGCCCCCGAGUUGGUGCUGAAAACGGACUCCUGCGACGUGAACGACUGCGUCCAGCAAGUUGUGGAGCUUCUGCAGGAGCGGGACAUCGUGCCGGUGGACGCCUCCUACGAGGUGAAGGAGCUGUACGUGCCCGAAAACAAGCUGCACUUGGCAAAAACGGACGCAGAGACGUUGCCAGCACUGAACAUUAGCAAGGUGGACAUGCAGUGGGUGCAGGUGCUGGCAGAAGGCUGGGCCACCCCGCUCAACGGCUUUAUGAGAGAGAGAGAGUACCUGCAGUGCCUUCAUUUCGACUGUCUUCUGGACGGGGGCGUCAUCAAUCUGUCGGUGCCGAUAGUCCUGCCAGCCACGCAGGAGGACAAGGAGCGGCUGGACGGCUGCACGGCAUUCGCGCUGGUGUACGAGGGCCGCCGUGUGGCCAUUCUCCGCAACCCGGAGUUCUUCGAGCACAGGAAGGAGGAGCGCUGUGCCAGACAGUGGGGGACCACGUGCAAGAGCCACCCCUACAUCAAGAUGGUUCUGGAACAAGGAGACUGGCUGAUCGGCGGGGACCUCCAAGUCCUGGACCGGAUCUAUUGGAAGGAUGGUCUUGACCAGUACCGCCUCACCCCCACGGAGCUCAAGCAGAAGUUCAAAGACAUGAAUGCUGACGCGGUCUUCGCGUUCCAGCUGCGCAACCCCGUGCACAACGGCCACGCCCUGCUCAUGCAGGACACCCACAGGCAGCUCCUGGGGCGGGGCUACCGGCGCCCCGUCCUCCUGCUGCACCCGCUCGGCGGCUGGACCAAGGACGACGAUGUCCCUCUGAUGUGGCGCAUGAAGCAGCAUGCCGCGGUGCUGGAGGACGGCGUCCUGAACCCCGAGACGACCGUGGUGGCCAUCUUCCCGUCCCCCAUGAUGUACGCCGGGCCCACCGAGGUCCAGUGGCACUGCAGAGCACGGAUGGUGGCAGGAGCCAACUUCUACAUCGUCGGGAGGGACCCCGCCGGCAUGCCUCACCCCGAGACGGGCAAGGACCUGUAUGAGCCCACUCAUGGCGCCAAGGUGCUCACGAUGGCCCCCGGCCUCAUCACCUUGGAAGUCGUUCCCUUCCGCGUGGCAGCUUACAACAAGAAGAGGAAGCGCAUGGACUACUAUGACGCGGAACACCACGAAGACUUUGAAUUUAUUUCCGGAACACGGAUGCGCAAACUCGCCCGAGAAGGCCAGAAGCCUCCUGAAGGUUUCAUGGCCCCCAAAGCGUGGGCCGUGCUGACGGAGUACUACAAGUCCUUGGAGAAGGCCUGACAGCGCCGCCACUCCAGCGACGACGGCCGACGGUCAGGAGUAACGAGGGGACCACGUGCCGCCGCUGCGUCUCGCUGUGGCGGGGUCUGCUGAAUGCACUUCCUGGAAGCAGACCGUUUACUUCACUCAGCUCAGUCCCAGCCUGCCUUCUGAGUCCUGUCGAACUAGUGUGACCCUGCUGGUUUUAAUGUGUCUCUCCCACUUGUCAGUUCAGGUUCCUGCAACACGGUUUUAAAAUCUUGUCUUUUUAUAUCGUAUUUAUGCUUCUGUCUCCUGAGUUUUCGAGCUGUUGUGUUAGUUGUAACCAGUAUUCACUCCCUGACUCACUUUUCAUCCUUUCAAAGUGGAAAAGAGAAAGCUACUAAAUAAUAAACCUGGCCUAGGUCUUGUUUGGGGAAUUUUACAAGACAUCUGUAGCAAUUAGAUUUUUUUUUUCUACAUUGAAAAUACAAACUGCUUUCUUUAUUUCUUCCAAUCAGCUAUUGAUCUUUCAGUGAUUAUAAUCUAAGUAUUCUUCUGAGCUGUGUCUGCGCUGAAUGGACUUUAUUCAAUAAAAUUACAUUUCCGGCUUCUUAUGUGACGCUA